AAGAGAUCACGUUCGAGGUCUAGAGACCGGGAAGAUCGGAAAACUUGUAAAAAACUCAAGUUAAUGCAGGAACAAAUUGAUAACCUAACAAAAUGUAUGACGGAGUUUAUUCAAAGCCAAAAAAAGGAAAACAAUACUCCAGAUGUUGUGGAGGCUAAUAAAGAAAAUAUACCAGAGAUAUCUAAUAAAGACUCUGAUAAAUCUACAAAUAAUUGCAACUUGCAACUCUCCCCUUCCUCCGACGUUGAUAUUAUUACACCCGAGGAUAAUAUUCAAGAAUCAACUGAAGCUCCACAAGACUGGAACCAGGAGUUCCUAGAAAUGAUGGGAGAGGAAUUACCUUGCUCUAAUGCAACCACAAAUAUUGAUGAGACUAUCCAGAAACAGUGGACUAAUUGGAUCACAAAGGGUCUAACAGAGGAGACUCGAAAGGGUCUUAUCAAAAAAUAUUCUAGAGAAGGACCUCUUCGCACCGAAGCACCCAAAAUAAAUAUGGAGAUAGUGAGCCACUUAACAGAAAUUGCUAAAAAGAGAGAUCAGCACUUUGCCGACACCCAAAAUUGUGUGGGUACGGGCCUGAUUUCACUCGGGUCAGCUAUAUCAAUGUUAAUGGAAAACCCCGAAGAGGGAGUUGACCACAUGCAACUCAUGAAAUAUCUGUGGGACACUGGAAAAAUUAUGACAGAUAUAUUUCAUCAACACUCAGUUGCAAGAAAGUCUUUCAUUACACCAAAUCUUGAUAAGGACAUUAGAUCUACCCUAGAGGCGACAGAUUCUGACGAAUGGCUUUAUGGUCUCAAACUAAACGAACAAGUUAAGGAUGCCAAAAAUAUAAAGAAGGCUUCAGCUUCACUUAAGGCACCAGAAAGACCACCAGCUAAGAAGCCAUACCAACCAUACCAACAGCCCUAUCACUCCUAUCAGCCCUACCAGGUAAACUGGAGAGGCCCACCUGCGAGACCCAGACAGGUGGGCUAUUAUCCACGGAGGCAAUUCACCAAUGUGAGAUACAAACCGAAGCCAUUCCAGACGAAGUCUUCACAGAAUGCAGGACGCUCCACGACACAAAAACAAAACCGUCCAGCAUCGAAGAAGUAGAGGUAAAUUAUACUGCAGGUCGCCUGCAACAUUUUGUGGAUAUAUGGAAAACUAUUACAACUGAUGACUUCAUUAUAAAUUGUAUCAGAGGUUAUGGUAUAACUUUCAAAAACAAACCUUUUCAAUUCAGAGAGCCAACUCUCAGCUGGCCUCCGGGUGAAUUUAAAAAGAUACAACUAGAAAUUUCGACACUUUUAUCUAAAGGGGCUAUUGAAAUAUGUUCAGAUUGCGAGGGACAAUUUGUGUCAUCCUACUUCCUAGUUGAAAAACCAGAUGGAUCUUAUAGAUUUAUUAUUAAUUUACAAAAAUUAAAUGAGUUCAUAGAAACUUCUCAUUUUAAAAUGGAGGAUCUUAGAGCAGCCAGAGACUUAAUUUCCCCAAAUAUGUAUAUGGCAACAUUAGACUUAAAAGAUGCCUAUUUUUUAGUCCCAAUGUGUAAAAACAGCAGAAAAUAUUUAAGGUUUAGAUUUGAUGGUAUUUUGUAUCAGUUCACAUGUCUCCCAUUCGGGUUAUCCACCAGUCCUUAUAUUUUUACCAAGAUCAUGAAACCCGUUAUGAAUAAUAUACGCCUAAAUGGCUGGUUAUCCUUAGUUUACUUAGAUGAUUUACUGUGCAUUAGUGAUACAUAUGAAUCCUGUAAAAAUAAUAUAAAAAAUAUUAUUACAUUUAUAGAAAAACUAGGAUUUAUUAUAAAUUAUAAGAAAAGCCAUACAAAUCCAAGUAAAAGAUGCAAAUACCUUGGUUUCUUUUUAGACUCAGAAAAAUACUCAGUUGAUUUACCAGAUGAUAAGAAAAAUCAAAUUAUAAAAUUCUUAAGCCAUUUUAAAGUAGGAAAUCAGUACAAGAUCCGCCUUUUCGCGCAACUGCUAGGAGUUUUAGUUGCAGCAUCACAUGCAGUUCAAUAUAGUAAAAUAUAUUGUAAGAGACUAGAGAGAGCUAAAUGGUUAGCGUUAACUGUAAAUAAUGAUGAUUUUGAAGGCUAUAUGAAAAUUACUGAUUAUGUCAAAGAAGAUCUUACUUGGUGGCACAUAAAUGUAUUGACUGGUUCUAACCCCAUACGCACAAAGAAAUACAAAAUAAUUAUUUCCUCAGAUGCAUCUAGGUCAGGCUGGGGCGCAGAAUCCAAUUCAAUAACUACCCGUGGAUUCUGGAGCCAGGAUGAUAAAAAAUUUCACAUAAAUUAUCUUGAGCUCCUAGCUGCCUUUUUCGGAUUAAAGUGUUUUGCCUCUAAACUCAGUAACUGUGAAAUUCUAAUGCGAAUAGAUAAUACUACAGCUAUUUCUUACAUUAAUAAGGCCGGAGGUGUCAAAUUUCCCCACUUGAGUGAAUUAGCCCGUAAAAUAUGGCAGUGGUGCGAAAGCAGAAAAAUAUGGAUAGUAGCUUCAUACAUUGCGUCAAAAGAUAACGUCGACGCAGACACUGCUUCUCGCGAUACGAACUUAGACACCGAAUGGGAGCUAGCGGGCAAAUAUUUUAAGCAAAUUGUUAAAAAAUUUGGUACCUGUAGUAUUGAUCUGUUCGCAUCCAGAAUUAAUACCAAGUGCAAAACAUUUUGCUCCCGUUACCCUGAUCCAGAAGCUUCAGUAGUAGAUGCUUUUACGAUUUCAUGGGAAAAAGAACAUUUCUACGCCUUUCCCCCUUUUGCUGUAAUAUUGCCAGUAUUGAGGAAAAUAAUUAAUGAUAAAGCAACAGGGAUAGUAGUUGUACCAAAUUGGCCCACGCAAGCGUGGUACCCGAUGUUUACAUCACUUUUAUGUGAAUCUCCUAUAAUAUUGGAACCUUCAACUGACCUACUACUUUCUCCUUGCAGGAGCAGAAUACAUCCUCUAUCACACAAACUUUCUCUAGUGGUAGGGAAAUUAUCAGGGAGGCGUACCUGAAAAAAGGAGUUCCCGAGAUGUCGGUUGAUUUUAUUAUAGACUCAAUAGCACAAUCCACUCUUAAGCAAUAUGAAGGAUGUCUCAAAAAAUGGAUACAUUUUGCUACAAGUAAUAAAUAUGACAUAUUUGAUCCUACCAGUGGUAAUGUUAUAGAGUUUUUGACAAUGAGAUUCAAUGAAAAUGCAAGUUAUGGUACAUUAAAUUCUUCAAGAUCAGCAAUCUCUCUCAUAGCAAAAAGAGACAUAUCCAAUGAUGCCAUUAUAUCCAGAUUUUUUAAGGGCAUUUUCAGAAGACGUCCUUCUGCACCUAAAUACUCAGAAACAUGGAAUAUCGAGCUAGUUUUAGAAUAUAUUGAAAGCCAAGAUAAUUUAGAGAAUCUAAACCUAAAAAUAAUAUCAGAGAUUGCGACAACACUAUUAGUUCUAGUUACAGCUCAUAGGUUACAAACAAUUGCCUUGAUUAAUAUAGAUGAGAUAAAUAUGAGUUCAUCAGGGCUACAAAUAAAAAUUCCUGAUAGGAUAAAGACAUCAAAACUUGGAAGAAAUCAACCCCUACUCAUGAUUCCUUUCUUCAGAGAACGACCAAAAGUUUGUGUAGCCACCAUAAUCCUUCAUUAUUUAAAAAUAACAGAAACAAUUAGAGGAGGAAAUAAAAAACUAUUUCUGUCAUCGGUGAAGCCUCAUAAUCCAAUCAGUCCUCAGACAAUUGGUCAUUGGAUCAAAUCCUUACUUGGUAAGGCUGGCAUUGAUACUGAAAAAUUUAGUGCAUAUAGUGCUAAACAUGCCUCUGUGUCUACUGCUUAUAGGAGAGGUAUAGACAUUGAUACGAUUAGAAGAACUGCAGGUUGGACAGAGGGGUCAACAACGUUCGCACGUUUCUAUAACAGACCUCUUAUAGAAACAAAUAAUAAGUUCGCUAUUAGUGUUCUAACUAAAGAUAAAUAAGGCUGUGCUAAUUAUAUGCAUGUCAUAUAAAUAUUGUAAUUGUUAUUUUUUGUUGAUUAUGGAUAAUUAAUAAAUACUGUGCCGAAGUUAUAAAAUAUUUGUAUCAUUUAAUUUAAAUGUUAUACUUAAAGAGUACAAAUAUUUUUAAACAUAGCUCUAUCACAGACUCUAAAAAUCUACAUGUUAUCUAUCAUCGAGAACGAGACGCGUAGUAUAAUUGCUCGAUCAAACGAGCCCGCCGAAGGCGGGCGAAGUUCGAUCGAAAUUAUACGAAGCGUCUCGUUCGAAGAUGAUCACUUCCCACCCAUAAAAAGGAAGUUAUAUUUCAAAUGAAUAUCGUAAAAAGUGAAACCCAUCCCUGUAAUCAUCUUACACGAAACUGUGAUAUCGCAUAGUUACUCUAAAAUAUAUGGCGUUCGGCACGGGCGCGCGAGACGUGACAGCGUCGGGCGCGGGAAUAUUUUUCAAAUUUAAAUCUCUAAACGUUGUGAAGUUUAAGCAUACUUAACAGUACUACAUGUUAUCUAUCAUCUUCGAACGAGACGCUUCGUAUAAUUUCGAUCGAACUUCGCCCGCCUUCGGCGGGCUCGUUUGAUCGAG